CGCUUCCAAAAGAGGGGAAUUGCAUCGGGAGUUGUGUUUGGGUAUCUCCGAGAUCCGUGCAAGAUGCAGAGAUCAGAUUGAUAAUAAUUUGCUAACUAGCUACAUUUGAAAACUGAAGUUGCAGAUUUAUCCCUGGAAUUCAUUGGCUUUAAACACAGCCCAGUACACCGCAGGUUUUCUACAAAAGCAAAAAGGCAGAUAACAAGCAGAGCAGAGACCAUGAGGAUCAAAAGCUUUGGACUCCUUUGUGUGUUGAUGCUUGUCUCCCAGAUGCUACUAGCCAACUGUGAAAGACAGAAGGAAAGAAAAAAGGGGAGACAAGGCAUAGAACAUGGUGGGAAAAACCAGAAAGAAUCUGACCAAGGAAAUGAAAAAGGGCAGAAGUCAAAAGGAGGAAAAUCAUCUCCUAAAGGCAAGUUUGAAACCAAAGAAAAUGCUGAGUGCACCUGGUCAGUGACGGACACGAAUGCUGUUACCGUGCAUGUGCGGUGCAAGCACGGUGCCAGUGAGUUCUGGUGUGAAUUCUCUGGAGACCCCUCUAGCUGUGCACAGUAUGCAGCAAACCAGAAAUCCUACUGGAAACAAAUCUCCAGAUCCCUAAAGAARCAGAAGCAGAUCUGUCAAGACCCCAAAAGUGUACUAAAAUCUAAACUGUGUAGGAAAGGCUCACGAAGUGCUCACCUCAAGUUGACUCACUCAAGCCUCCUAACAGCAGAGGGUCCUGCCAAAGAGGACACAGUGCAUCACCCCAAAGAGGCUGCUCAGACUCCAGCAGAUGCCUCUGUGACUGAAAACAGGCUAGAGCCCAGCCCUCCAGACUGUGUGGAAGAUGUAGAUUACAUUGACCAGAAGAAGGUGGCUGAGGAAUACUGUCCUGAAGGCUUGCUUUCUUUCUGCAAGUUUUUUAUCACKAUGGUCCAAGACAAGCGAUGCUGAGGAGGUGUUUCUAAGGCUCUGAAUCAUGAAAAUCUGGUCUUAUCUAAGUUGCUGCAAACCAUUCCAGAUUUUAUUCUCAUGUUAUAUAGUGUAUAUAAGCAAGAAGGARUAUAUUUUUCUGAUUUUGUAUAUACACAACAGACUGCACUUAACACAGUUGAAGAUGCUAUAGRUGCUGAGUGCCCACAGAUUGCUACCCAAGGGAUGUGUUACCAGUGGAUGUUACRUACCCUGUGCAGAAGUGUAUCAGUGUGUCCUUGGCCCUCUUUGAGCUGUGCUAGCCAAAGUGRUGAACUCAGUGCCAUGCACUUCCUGGUUAUGUACCAUGCUUUUGACAUAAAAAUUAUUGAGGAAAAUAAACUUCAAAAUACAUUAAAAAUAUUCCCUCUCUCUCUCUCUGUGUUCUAUUAGAUUUCUCUGUAAGUACUAAGUCUUUGUCAAAGAGUGAUCUUUCACAGUAAUGAGGUAAAGUGUUGUUAAUAAAGCAAUUUUAGAAAUACUUUUGCAGCUUUGCAGACUUCAGCUUUUGAYAGGGUGCCACAUUAUCAUUAGAUUUUCAUCAUUAUAGUAAUGAAGGGCAAUGAGAUUUUCUGUUUUUUCAGUAAGUGUGCAAAUCUUUAGUUUUUUUAAUCUCACCAGAGGAUGUCAGAACACUUUGAAAACAUCUGUUYCCUCUUUUCUCCUACAGUGAAGCACUUUGUACUGAUUUCUGGCAGGUAAACAGAGAUACAGGGUUAGAAUGAGUUAUACAAGUUUGUACAUGGGCCCAGGACUGGAUCCCUCAUUCAACAGCUAAAGAGUACAUAUUCAACACCUCCUGUACUGUAUUUUGUAAUUCCAUGUUUUUUUAUCUUUCUGCAUGGACUACAUUAAUAUUUUUCUGUUCAUUAAACUUCAUCUGUA